AUGCGCUUGUGUGUCCCAGCUGCAUCCCUGGACAUUGAGGGCUUCGCAGUUCAUCGCCUGCAGUCAAAGAUGCAAUAUGCCGACUUUUCAAACGAGUCUACAAUCGAAACUAUCUACUGCAGCGAGCUGGAGGACCACAUAGUCAAAAUGACGGGGGCUAAGAACGUCCGCGUGUUGGACUAUCAGCUCAGACGAAAAUCUCCUAGCUUCCCCUACUUUCAGGGAAAGCUUCCCCCCCGACCGCAGCCCAGCCUUGUAGCACACGUCGAUCUCACGCCUGAGACGGCCGAAAAUAUUGUUCGAGAGUUGUACAAAGAUACAGCCGAGCAGAUCCUACGGUCAAGGUAUCAAAUUAUCACAUGGUACUGGUUGCCGGACCACCAGACCGACGAGAUACUUGUCUUCAAUGCAUUUGACUCAGAAGCCCUAAGCUCUUCGCCUUGUGCCCAUGGCGCAUUUCCGCUUCCCGGGGAGCAUGGAGACGCACCGGCCCGGGAGAGCAUCGACGCGCGGUUGCUCGUCAUGUAUGCGGAUAUCAAAUAUCCUGCACCUCAGCCGCAGUCAAUCUGA